UCUCUACACACGUGUUUUACUGUUUACUUCGGACGCUUGUGAUGGAUGAAACUUGCCAAACAAAUAGACUCUGGUGGUAUUGCUGAGUUUUUUAAGCUAGGAAGAUGUCAAGUACUCCACAACUCACAAUAGAAGACAUCAAAAAGCGUUCUGGACGGGAGAACUUGUCUGAAAUCCGACAGCUCGAGUAAGUAAUCGUUAGAAGAUCUACAGGAAGCUGUUUAAAGAUCGAUCCAAUGGUCAUAUAUUAAAGUUCUUCUCUAGUUUAAUUGUGAAACUUCGCCUUCAUUUCAGAGUGGGACAAAAUAAUUUGGACUGCUUUUAGACUUACUGAGAUGUGAUUUGUUGCUGUUAAUUAGUGCUUUUUUCCUGCAUGUAUGUUUUUUUAAUUUGUUUUUUAGGGGCUCAUGAUCGUGAUAGAAGUGACUAGCUCCGCCUGCGUCAACAUGUGACACAUUAACACAUGAAUGACGCAGCAUGCUCGUUAUGUUUAUAUUUAGAUUGUGGUCGUUUCAAGGAAAACGGUAGCUCUUUUUUAUAAUACUUCAGUCCUGCAUGCAUUAUUGAUAUUGCAACUGGACUUGACAACUAUUGAGUAAUUUGCAACAACCACGUUGCCGCACAUCUGAUUUCCAUUGUGAAUGUUGUUCGAGAACAUGUGAUCAACUCCAUGCGCGGGAAAGUCUUUUGAGUUAGUUGUCAGUUUAAUUUGUGCAUAUUCUGCUCAUGGCAAUUUCAUUUUGAUCCUCUGUUUGCCAUAUGUCAUUAUUCAGAGAGAGUUGUAUGGCUUUCAUACAUUACCUUAGCUCAAGCGAUAAAGUUUUCUGAAUUUAAGUUCUAAGAAAAGUUUGUAGACUGUAAGGAGAAUUGAUUUUGAAGUAUUGAUAAUGAAUGGUUUAAGAAUGGUUGAAUUGGGAUAUAGUUAGAGAUGUUUUGAAGUCUAUUAAUCCAAACAAAGCAGUAGGCCCUGAUAAUAUUUUUCCUAAAGAUCUUAAAUUGGCACAGGACUCUGCUAUUCAGGGUCUGCUAGAGGUGUUCAAAAAAAGCAUGGACUGUUGUAAGUUCCCUCAACAAUGGAAGGAGUCAUUAGUUACACCUGUUUUUAAGAAAGGGAACAGGCUGGAUCCUAACAAUUACUGACCUAUAUCCUUGCUUAGUACACCAGGAAAGCUUCUUGAGAAGGUAGUGUGUGACUCACUUGAUGAUCACAUGUUAUCCAAUGGCAUUCUCACAGAUAGACAAUGGGGAUUUAGGAGGGGCUAUUCAACGGAGAGCCUCCUCCUUCAUCUCACUGAGUCCUGGGGGAGUGCCCUGGAUAGAGGCCAUAAGGUUGGAGUCUUAUUCAUUGAUUUCCAUAAAGCUUUUGAUUGUGUCAACCACAGUAUUCUUACUGAGAAACUCAAGGCUGUUGGCUUGGCAGGUGAUAUGUGGAAAUGGAUCAAUGACUAUCUCUCCAACCGUGUACAAGGGACUAGUGUAAGUGGGUCUAGAUCUGAUAGAAUCCCCAUUAGAGCUGGGGUCCCUCAGGGAUCCUUACUAGGACCAAGAUUGUUUGCAUCUUAUGUUAAUGACCUCCCUGAAUCUAUUACCAGUGGAGAAGUCUAUAUGUAUGCUGAUGACACAACAAUAUAUGUAGUAGGGAAUACUGUUGAUGAAAUAACAACAGGGUUACAGGCUGUUUUGGACCAGGUUAAUUCCUGGUGUCUUAGUAACAGAUUGAUUCUACAUGAAGGUAAAUCCGAGGCAAUGGUCUUAAGUACUACCCCUUCAUAGGUCCUUUGAAACAGCUGAAGUGGGGUAUGGACACCAUUCGGUAUGUGUCCUCCACCAAUUGCCUUGGGGUUACAAUUGAUGAUAAACUCUCUUGGUCUCAGCAUGUUGCAUUGGCUAGAUCUGCAUUUAAUGCCAAAGUUAAAAUGUUGAGACGUAUAAAUUUCCUAUGUACAUCUAUCUUGGAGACUUUUUUACUAUAGGAUAGUUAUACCAAGUGUUCUAUAUGGAAUUGCAAUUUGGGGUCUGGAUCCAAGCUUAAAGAUCUAGAAAUGAUUCACAUCAGGGCUGCCAGGCUAAUUCAUAAGAUACCAAAUAGUUUUGGGGAUAAUGAUGUACUUUCUAAGGUUGGCUGGAUGCCUUUAGAGUAUUUUUAUAAGCUACGUAUCUUAACUAUUACAUAUAAUGCUUAUUAUAAUUUAGGGUUGCGGGAAAUUAAUUGUUUGGUGACCAAGAACUCUAACAGUUAUAACCUAAGGAAAUCCCUGAAUGUUGUACUUAAUAGGCCCAAAACCGAAUUGGGUCGUGGUCCUUUGCUCAUAGAUCUGCAGUAGCAUGGAAUGCACUUCCGAUAAUGUUAAAGAUUCUCCAAAUUUAUCUAUUUUUAAAUAUAACUUAAAACAAUCCAAGCAAACUGUUAUGAAUAUUAAUUUUGAAAAGGGAGGUAAUGUUAUACAAAACAUGAAACCAAAUUUUCACUAUUACUAAAACUUUAUGGUUUACUUGAUUUAUUCAACUUAUAAAUUUUAUCAUAUCUGUAUUUUAUAUAAUUAUAGACUAAUUAGUUUAGGCAGGUCCACAUCAGCUGUAAAGUUGCGCAAAUUUUAACCUGCGUUAUCAAAUAAAGUUAUGUAUGUAUGUAUGUAUGUAUGUAAGAUGAGAUUCAGAGCCCUGGAAAAUUCAAUCUCAGUCUUGCAAAAGUUCUGGAAAUUUGUCUCUGAAAAAGGGUGGGAACCCUGAGGUAAAAGCAUUGUCAUAAGGUUUAAUUGUGGUGUUUGUGUUAUUGUUGUGAUACAGUAGUUUGUGUAUAAAAUACCAAAUUGACAUAAGAUUCUGAAUCCAUGGAGUUGCAGUUGUUUAUUUAGGAGAGGGUAAUCUGAUCACAUGUGCUUUUAAUUCUCCUAUAAUGACUUCCACACAGUUAAUUGAAAUAUUAGUCAAUUUUUCAAAGAACAUUCCUUUUCAGUACCAUUACCAGGAAGAGGACACCUUACUGUUCCUAGACUAGAAAUUGGUCUGUGGAAACGUUGUGUUGUCAACAGAAGUAUUACUUGUUAAUUCAUCAACUUUGUUCAAUUUCCAAUUUUAGUUUAUCUGGUCUUGGUUUGACUUGCAUCCCAAAUGAGCUGCUUCAACAGUUACCAAAUCUUGCAGAGCUCAAUCUGUCAAAAAACAAACUAUCAGAUGUUAACAGUGAAAAAGCUUUUCCAAAACUCAAAGUUUUAAGUGCGGCCAGCAACCAGCUUAGUAAUGUGGAUGGACUGACAGCAUUUCCUAACCUGAUUAGUUUGGAUGUCACUAGUAAUCCAACCCUUGAGGUAACAAAUUUCAUGUUGCAUGUUAACUAUGAAGAAUGGUUUUUAUUUUCAACAUUGCCAUAAGUCUUCCAUUCAUGUAUAAUUGAGAAAUAGUAAGAUUAUCCUGAUAGAUUGUAUCCUGGUUUAUGGUCUCCCCAAAAUUUUGUAAAGUGUUAAUAUCGCUGUGUACUGCGAACUACAGAUUUCACUGAAAUUGUGUAAUGUAUAGCAAAAUAUAUAUGGUUUGGAUUUUUCCUCUGUCUUAACCCUUUAACUCCCAGAAGUGAUUAACUUCUCCCCAAAAUAUCCAUGCAUUAUCCAGCCAAUUGAAAUACUCAUGCUUAUCAGGGAGAAGUUUUUAUCUUAAACUAACACCAAAUUCUCAUAACUUAUUUACAAGUAAUUGUGUGCCAGUUAUAGGGGAGAAUUGAAAAUCAUAUCAUGGGAGGUAAAGGGUUUUAUUUCUCCAACCUUUUUGGUUUUGCUCUGUCUUUGACCUAGAUAAAGUAAUCUGUGAUGAAGAAAAGCAAAACUAAAUUUGGUUGAAAUGCUCUAAGCUUGAGAGUGAAUUGAUUAAAAAAAAAAUUUAUCAAUUGUGUUGAUCUCUUUCCCUUCAGGUCUCAGACAAAUACAAACUGGUGUCUAUCUGCCCUUUGUUAAAAACUCUGGAUGGGAAAGUUAGUAUUUGAAUUCUAAAUAAGUGUAUAUCUUAAUGCUUGUCACACCAACUGUCUUUGAAAGAGGAAGUUAUGUCAGUGAUUAAUGUGAAGUCUGAUGAAAUGCUGGGGGUGAACUUGUGAUGGACUCGCAUACCUUCCAGUAGGAAUAAUCCCAGUCACUUCAUGCCUAAGAAACCAGGAUAAACUUCGGCUGGCCGGACCACUUGGCUAGAGUACAAACUUUACAUUUUUAUUGGGUGUGGGAAUUUUGACUGUGGAGAUAAAGGUCCAGGUUCAAGCCAGAUUGUGUAACAGUGUUGUAUUCUUUGGUGAGACACUUGAAUUCUCAGUACUACUCUUUACCCAGGGGUAUGGAUGGGUACUAGCAAACUGUGCCCUCGGCAAAAUUGUUGUAAGGUUACCUAUGUUUGUUUAGCAUUCAGUCUAGUAUGAAAAACAAUUAUUGUCCUAGUAACUUCAUGCUGUGGAAGUCUGGACAAGCUAUUUUCUCACCAUGAUGGUUAAUUUUAUUUUUCAAUGCUCUGAGAUAUUCAUGUAGCAGGUGCAAUAAUUUAUGCUAUGUUAUGAGCCUUUUUUUUGUUUUUUUUUGUUUUUUUUUGUUUUUUAAUCAAGGGAUUUAAUAGUUUUUUGCUAUCUGAAAGUGCAAAUUUUUUAUUAUAUAUCUACAAGUGUGUAUAUUUUAAAUCAUUUUCUUUUGUUUUUGUUUACAGGAUAUCAGUCUGAUGAGGGAUGCAGUAAAUAGAUUGGAUUCUACUAUGACACAAAAGGUUGGCAAAAAAUACCAUUUAAUGACUAAUUCAUGGGAGCAAUGACCACAGGGGAAUUAGUUAGGUUUUGAAAUUAAACAGAACACAUUAUUCUAUACUAUAUAUAAAAAAAUGCCAAGAUCCUGAUGGUGCUGUCCUUCUUGAUGGUGCUGUCCCCAGCAAGAUAAAUUUCAAAUUAUCUGUGGUGUUCCUUCUACACAUUGUCUUUGGAAUGUGGAUUGAACAUUUUUGGUCUUGUCAGUCAGAUAAUUUGAAUCCUAUCCUAAUCCUUUUUUACCUGCAAUGUACAGCUCAUUUUUUUUGGCUUUUUCUUUUGUUUUAAUUGUCUUUGUAGAUAGCUGACAUUUGGAGUGAGAAAUUCAACACAAAGUACAAUCAGUUAGAUGAAGAUAAAAGAACUGAACUUGAAAAUGAGUUUAUUGAAAAGCUCAAGGUAAAUAUUAAUUUUUAUUACUGCAGUGGAUUUUGCAUUAACCCUUUACACUUUGGCAUCAGUAUACAUAUCUUGUAAUCUCGUUCUGUUCUUUAUACACUUCAUUUGGUACUGACAACGAGAAUGUGUCAAACAAUUGUUUUGUUUUAGUUGAUGAUCAUUUCAUUUAUUCUUAUGACUUCAAUGUUUGAUUCAGUAGGGAUUCUGUAAGGAGAAAUUAGAGGCCAGUCAGGGUUAAUCCACUGUCUUGUGAAUACUUCAUCUUAGUCUCUUUUCACAAAUUGAAAGUGCUUUGACAGACAUAAUCAAAAAUGGCACUGUAGAUAAAAUUUGCUUGAAUCCUUCUCUUUUGUAGAAAAAAAUAUAUAGUUUACCAUUAUCUAGAACUGCACAGGAGAGUGGUAGAUUUGAUCUGUAUCUGGGAGAGUGGACACACAUGAUACACACUGCUGUACACCAUUCUCAAGACAUAUUCAAGUCCAUUCUGUGUUAUUUUGUCUUAGUUUCCAUCUUUGUAUGUCUUUCUUUCCGUCUUUAUUUUUCUUUCCAUCCUCUUAAUUUAUUUUUAAUUUAUUUAAGGAAAGAAAAUGUGAAAAAAGGUGACCUACCGAAAAACGUGUUUAAAACAUUAAUAUGUAUAAUUAUUCUUUCGUGCCUCUGCACAGUCACAUGUGUGUUGGUAUUUUAACCCUUGUUCAUAUGUCCUUUGUCCACCUUGUAUGAAUUAACCCUUUAACUCCCAGAGGUGAUUAACAUAAAACUUCUCCCUACAAUAUCCACACAUUAUUCAGCAAACAGGUGAUGAGAAUAUUCAAACUUAUCAGGUAAAAGCUGUUAUCUUGAUCUAGCACCAAGUUCUCAUAACUAAUUUACAACGAAAUGUGUUGCAGCUACAGGGGAGAAUCAACAAUCAGAUCUUGGGACUUAAAGGGUUAAGUUUCUAAUUUGUUCAUUUGUGAAUCACUUUCAGUCUGAAGUUACUUGUGGCCCUGCAAUGCUGAAGAACUACAGGGAAUACAAGGUAGUUAUUGCUAAUUAACCUGGAUUGAUAAUUCUUUUGUCAAAGAAUGAUGAUGUAGAUGUACAAUUUUAAGGAUGUUUACUAAAAAAAAAGUUAUUUAAACAGCUCACAGUUUUAGGAAAGCUCUAUUUCAAGAAAAUUAAGGGUGAGGAAAAGAUCAGUGAAGAACCACCUAAUAAAAAACAGAAAACCAGUCAAGGUAUGAUAAAUACACAUACAUGAAUGCAUUGUGUUAUAUUGUACAGGUUCCUAUUCCUUGCAAAACACUCAAAGAGGUAGAGUGCUGAAAUCAUUGCCAAAUUCCCUUCUGAUAUUUGUUAAUCAAAAGCUCUUUAAACACUGGAUGCAAAUAUGGCGGAAUACCUGGUUGGCCCUGGUUGAGUCACACAAAAGUGAGGCCAAUAAAAAUGGGUGACAUUACCUUUGAAAAAAAAAAUCUUAAUUUUUGGUGUUUUGUCCGACUAGUUACCUUUACUAGUAAAUUUAAUCCUUCAACCUCUAAGAGUGAUCAGCAUCUAAUUUCUCCUUAGAAUAUCACCCCUGAACUGGUAUUAAGCUAACAAGAAUAAAGAAAAUGAUCAGCAACUAAAGAAGUUCUUGAUCUUUAGAUAAAUUCUCCUUGUCAGCACCUUAGGAAAAAUAUGGAGAAGAGUAUGGAGAAGAUAUACAAACUGAUGUUAUGGUGUAAAGGGUCAACACUUUUCAUACCAAAGUCGUGUUUUGUAAAGAAAUCCCUUCAAUAUCGUUACCUUGUGCAAAAAUAAAGUGAUAUGAAUAAACAAACUUAGCAAAGCAGAAAAUGGGUUUUUGAGAAAUUGUGGGACUUGUUUUGGACUGUUCUUGGAGUAUUUUGGUAACUUUAAUCUGGAAUUGCCAUAUUCUCCAAACCUGCAAGAUGCUGUUUGGUAUCUUAAGUUAUCCUUCAAGUCCUCCAGUGUUUUCCAAGCCGUUUCCACUCUCCAAUUCUUUCAAAAACAGACUGAAAUUAAAAAAAAUAUAUGAUUGAAUUUCCAUUAACAAAUUCUAGCUUGUUAGUUAUAUCUGUCAUUUGCUCCAAAUGUAAUGUACAGAGUGAUGGUUUUGGCAUGACAUUGGUAAUGAGGGGUAAUGAAGUAUUGUGGUAUUUUGUGAUUUUCUUGGCAAUAUUGCAGAAUUUGCCAAAUUUUUUGCAGUAUUUUGGUGUUCAGAACCCCCAAUGUCCCCUCCCAUAUCAUAUAGAGGGUGUUGUCAUCAAGAAACAUAAAAUCUUUUAGAUUAAAUGUAUGGAAAGUAGCAAGAAGAAAGAACUGCAAAUCAGAUCUGGGAGAUGAGGAAUUAAAGAUUUUACCUUGUCUCAUAUUUUAGUUAACGGUCAAGCUGAAGUUGCAAAUGAUGCACGAGACAAACCAAAGAAAUCAAAAACAGCAGAAGGGAAAGUGACUAAAAAGAAACGAAGAACACAAGGGAGAGAAAUCAAGGUUAUUAAUUUUACUAUUAUUUUGAUUUGAAUCUGUCACCACUGACAAAUGUUAGCUCCUUCUAAAGUUAGGGGAAGUUAGCUUCAAAGCGAGAAGGCUCAUCUUAAUAAUGAGAAUUAUAAUGUUAACCAGCUGAGGAGCUCUCUGUGUUAAUUAAGUGAGUCACUAUCAUGAAAUCUUAUCAAACCCUUAAUUAAAGUUAUUACAGUGACUGGUUUAUUUCCUUAUUCUACAGGCUGAGAACAGCAGUCCUGCUUAUUGUCAGUUUGCUGUGUCUCAUUUACUUCAAACACAUUCACUAAACAAUGAUCCCACAGACAGAAAGACUCAAGUGUGGGGUUGUGAGUUUGAACCAGAUCCUGAGAGAGAAGGUAAGGAGGGCAUGUUUUUUCUAGAUCUGAUUGUUAAUUCUCCCCACUAGCUGCUACACAUCCUUGUAAAUUACUGUAGUUGCAAGAAUUUGGUGUUAGAUCAAGACAACAACUUUCACCUGAUACAUUUGAGUAUUCUCAUUACCUGGUUGCUGGAUAGUGGAUGGAUAUUGUGGGAAGAAGUUACAUUUGAGUCAGUUCUGGGAGUUUAAGGGUCAGAAUGACUUCUUCUUUAUGGGUUAAUCGUUCAACAAGUUCUUUCUUUGUGCUGUUAGGUCACACAACCACAACUUGUGCUACAUGUGGAGGAGAUUCUGUUUGCUUUGUGGACUGCAGCACUGGACGUGUCAUGAAAAAAUACAAACAACCUGGAGAAACAUUUUACUGCGUAGCAUGGACUACAGUUUAUUUAGACUAUGAUUCAGAAAAGAAACGAAAAGGCAACCUUAUUGCUGCAGGAGGUUUACAAAAUGACAUUAAAAUAAUAGAACCUAAUCAGCUAGUAUGCUUUGAAGAAAUUCAGGGACACAAAGGAGUUCUAGAAUGUCUUGUUUUUCACCCUCAUCAUCCCACAUGGUUGCUAAGUGCUGCUGAUGAUAACACUAUUAUGGUGUGGGAAAUAGGUCUGCCUAAAGCAGCUGAGUACCAGGGAAAAUCACAGUAAGUCCCUUUUUUUAUCAGUGUAUAACUAAUGAAGAAAUGAAUUCCAUGGUGCUUUGUGUCGGUUUAGUAAUAGGUUACUAUGGUGACCCCUAGGAACAAAACACUUCCCAGAUUGAUUUCUUCUUCUUCUUAAUUCAAGCUUGUGGUUUAUAAAAUAUUUUAGAUGUCUUGGGGUCCAGUGAAUUCCAUGAAAAUCAAAACUGACGCGUUUUAAUGUCCUCUGCUCCUAUCAGCAACUACACAUUCUUUAACUGAAUUAAACAUUUCUUCACAAACAUAGACUGGUAAUCCCCUUGCUAUAAACUAUAUUUUGAAGCAGUAAUAAUAGUAUCCCAAACAAAAACUUUAUGGUAAUGUUCAGUGAUUAGUGAGCACACAGCACUUGUAGUGAGUGACCAGCUAUUUUAUGGCAAAUCUAAUUCUGGUAUUUUGGAAUCUGGGAAGUGUUUUAAAAUCUUGGAAGUGUUUUGGAAUCCAGGAAGUGUUUUUACAACCUGGGAGGUGUUUUGAAAUCUGGGAAGUGUAACAUUAUCAGGGAGAGAUUGUAUUUUAUUCAACAUCAGAUUCCUAGAACUAACAUUUUGAGAGUUAUGGCUGACAGUUAGAAGAAUUUGAUCUCAGAUCCUUGUAGUAGAAGGGUUAAUUCCAAUUUACAAAAAUUCAUGACACCUUUAACCCAAUACACCCUAACAUCAGUAUGGAUAUUCUCCAUACUGUUCUCUAUACAUUUUCUUAGGUGCUGACAAGGAGAACUUGUUUAACAAUCAACAUCUUUAGUUGUUGAUCAUGUCCUUUAUUCUCAUGACAUUAAUGUUUCAUUCAGAGGUGAUAAUGUAAGGAGAAAUAGGAUGUUAAGCACUCUUAGGGGUUAAAGGGUUUCCUCACUAAGGGUAAUUCUAGUUUAAUAAUAUAUGUAUUUUUAUUUUUGUGCAGACUCCUGCUGACAUUGAAAUCUCGUUCAAUAGUGCGAUUAUUUUCAAUUCCUCCACAUGGCAAAGUAGUUAUUGGAGGAUGUGACGAUGGCUGUUAUGUCUGGAAUCUAUUUGAUAGUGAAACUGAUAAAGGAGAUAAAAAGGAUAAAACAAAGUAAGACUUUUGUUUUUCCUAAAAUGCAUUUUCUUUUUUUAUGUGGUGAUUUUUUGUAGAUUUUCAGCCAAGCUCUUCUUUCUAAAUUAAAGGGAAUAUGCCUUCUUGUUGUUGUCAUUGAUAUUUUUUUGCUGUUUUAAAAAGCAGCCUGUCUUAUUCUUCUGAUGAUUUAAAGAUUUACAAGUCUCUGAGGCUUAUCUCUUUCAAUGGAUCCAAAUGAUGAUAUCAGAAGGAUGUUUGAUAAUUUCUGUGCUCUGUUCAUAAAACAAAAAGCACAGCUGCCAAAGAAAUUCAUAACACUCAUGAAUUCAUUCUUCUCUGCCUAUUUGGCAGCCACUGACUUAAACCCUAGAUAUCCCAAUGUUUAAAAAUUUUGUAUUUCUUUUAUUUAUUUUUUAUUUUGCAAGAGCAUAAUAGUGACUGUGUUGGUCUUGAAAAUAGCAGAAGUGCAAGCCUUUCAAAAUGUCUACCUCUGUUUUUUAGGACAUAUUUUGGAAAGUUAGAUUUUCCUGGUAAAAAGACAAUUCCUUUAGACAGUAUUGUGUGCUUGUCAAACAAUAUGAUCGGUAAGUUUGACUCACUUUUUCUUUGAGUGGAAGGAUAGGAUGGAUCCAGUAGAUGGAAUAAUUUAUUUGUUGUGGAGUUUGUACUUGUAUUACUGGAAGGUGUGUGGAGUUAAAUUGUGGGCUCUAUUUAUUGUAAAACAACAUUGUCAUUAGUCAUAGAAGCCAAUAUGGAAGAUAUACAUGAAAUUAAAUGAUUAGAUAGUUAGGAUUUAGAAUUUUUGUAGAAGUAGUGCUAGUCUCCUGAUGUCUUUCUUGUUUUUCUUCAGCUACUAAACGAGUUGAAGAAGGUUGCAUUCAUAUUUGGCACUCAGAGUCAGAAAUGAUGAAGGUAUGUUGAGUUUGAAUUAUUAUUUAUUCUUCUCUGUCUUUUGCAAGUUUUCUAAAAGGUCUAUGACAGGCUUCUUCAUCCUAGCCUUUUCCAUCUGUUCAUGUAGUAUAUGAGGUGUAAUACAGUCAUGCCUGUAAUAAGCUGAUUUUUGUCAACUAUUCAUCCUACAUUAAGCAGUAAACUAUUACAUUGCCAUAAUAUACACCCCAUGUGUUCUGUAAAUUAGACUCAAUUACAGAUUCACUUCUUUGAUGGAGGGUCCCCUAUACUUGUAAGGUAAAGCGCGAUUGGGCAAUUUCUUUUCUCGUGAAUCAUGAUUUGAUUUUUCUUUUGAUAAGAUGAUAAGAUCUUUUCAUGUCCAUUUGAACAUUUUUUUUCUUAUUUGAACAUGACCCAUGGAUGAAGAGCUGAAUUAAAAGCUACUCGUGAUUCAGUUAGUUUUGCAUGAUGAAUUUUUAGCACUUUUUUUAGUAUUAGUAUUAUGCUCAAGUGGCUGUGGUUAAGUUUUGACCAAGGUUUUGACAGGACAUGGACUUUAUUUGGAUUGACAAAAGUCAUAAAACAGACCAGUAAUGGUUCUUGAACAUUAAGAUUUUACAUUAAGAUAAGACUGGUCAAGUCUAAAAAAAGUUAAAUUUGCGAAUUUUGUGGAAUUUCUUGUGGUUUUUCAUUUUUAUGUGAAACAUGAUCAUCAUGAAUUUUGUAUGAAUGUGAAGUAAUUUUGAAAUUAUUGGUGAUAAGUGAAAAGGAUAAAUAUUUUUAGGAAACUGAGGUUUACAAAUGGUUACUCCAAAGACCCUCUUCAAGUGGACAUAGUCUUCCCACAGACUUUCUAUAGGGCUGAUGUUUUUGUAAUCCAUGCCUAUUAAACAGUCACUGUGCUAAAUAAGAGCUGAGCAAGACCACCAGAAGGGGUAUCAAAACAUAAGUAUUGCUGAUCUGAGUGAAGUAAAUGAUUUGUUUUGUUGGAUUGUUUUGCAGAAUGACUUCAGAGUGGCUCACAAGCUGCCAUGGAGACUCACUGAAGUACCUUUCUUGAAAUUCAGCUUUGUACCAGGUUUGUCAAUCUUGCAUCAAUCCUUCCACUCCCAGGAGUGACCAACAAGCAAUUUUUCCCCACAAAUUUAAUCCAUUAUUGAGCAGAAAGGGCAUGAUAAUUUAAUAGGAUCAUCAACUAAGGGAUAUCUUUUGGUUUUACGACAAAUUCUUAAAACUGAGGAGAUAAAAAUUGCAUGAUGGACAGCAAGGAGAAUCAUUACUGUCAGCUUGAGAGUGAAAGGCUUAGUUAACCCCUGAGAGUGACCAGUAUCUAAGUUCUCCUAACAAUAUCAUCCCUGAAUCACACAUUUAGGUCACAAGAAUAAGGGAAAUAAUCACCAACUAAUGAAGAACUUGAUUGUUAAACAAAUUCUCCUUGUCAGCACCUUAGGAAACGUCUAGAAAACAGUAUGGAGAAUAUGUAUACUGAUAUUAGUGUGUAAAAGGUUAAGAAUCGCAAGUUGUGGUAAAAUAAGACAUGCUUUCUUUUGAUUGACCUCUGUGUGUGAUCUGCAUUUAGUGAAAAGUUAGGGAUAUAUAACAAACAUAAUUUCAACAGACUGGAAUAAAAUUGUUUCAACUUGUCAGUUUUUGCAUAACCAUUUUUUUAAACAAUAUCUGUUCCAGCAUGCUCAGUGAUGUUGGCCGGAGAUGAUGUAGGAUCUGUUUGGUUGUAUGAUGUUGCAUCAAAUGUGUUGGCGACAAAGAGUGAAGAUGUAAAACAAACACAGGUAAGGAGUAUUGCAUGAUUUCUAUGUAGUAUUUCAAGAUACCCUUUUCUAUAACAGUUACCUGUUAUAUAGGGAAACAAUAAAUUGGAAUCCACUCUGCUGAGGGUUUUUUUUUUUUUACUUUUACAUAAUAAGUAUAAAGUGCAGCUCAGAGGUGAACACCCAAAAAUGCUAGCAAAAAUUGCACAUUUCGAUUGGUUCCUAGUUGUGAUCUAUUAGAGGGCAGACACAUAGAUGACAUCACCAUUAACCCUUUAACUCCCAUGAGUGACCAAGACAGAAUUUCUCCUUACAAUAUCAAUAUGAUAUCAAGCAGACAAGUUAUGAGAAUAAAGAAAAAUAUCAGUUAGAGGAUAAUAAGUUGACCCAAUACUAAAUUCUCCAUACUAACAUCACAAGAACCUUAUGGCAGACAAUAAUGAGAAUUACUAAUGAGAUCUUGGGAGUUUAAGGGUGAACAGCAGUUCAUUUCUCUAUUGUAUGAAUCAAAUAGAUUCAAUGUUGCCGUAUGUCUGUUCAGUAAUAGAUCACAGGUAGAGUCAGAUUGUGGUAAGAACAAGAAAGAGGCACAAAAGGCCCAGACAAGUGUGUUGCUGAUGUAGAAAAAUGAUGAAUUUUGACCUUUCCUUGUUUGGUUUAUUUUUUUUUAGGUUCUGGCCUGUCCAAAUGAGACAACAAAAGUGUUUAACCAAGUCAGUGCAAGUAGUAAUUUGGAUUACAUUGUGGCUGUUGCAGACACUAAUGUUGUGUGCAUUUGGAAACGACUCAGAAUUGAAGAUGGCAGUUCUCAUUUAUGACAUCCUGCUUAAUACAGUUCAAGAAAUCAUUUUAUUUAUACAUGAAGAUAGUUUACUUAGCAAUAUUAAGAAAGACAUUGAUGUUAUUAGCCUUUAAUCAUCCCAGAGCUGCAUCAUUUAAAUCAGACGCCAAAGGGGAACAGUGAUUCUUUAGUGUACAAUUACUGUAGAGUUGUGCUGGACUCUGGUCACAUGGCACAUAAUAAGAUGAGCCUCAGUUAGUAGGGAAUUAGUAUGAGCUUCAAUGGGUGAUUUGUAAUUCUCUCCACUAUGUUAUGUUUUCUGUAAAUGAGUUGAGAGAAUUUGGUGCAAUAGAGCAGUUUUUAACAGAGUGUUGCAAAACCAAAACCAAAAUAAUCACAUUGACCAAUAUGAAAAUACCUUUGACCCUUUAACUCCCAGAUCAAAUUUGUACCUCUCCUCACUGACAACCAUACAAUUUUCAUAAUGUUAGCGCAGAGAAUUUAGUAUUGGAUGAACCAAUUAUUCCCAAAUUGAUAUUAUUCUUUAUUCUCAUCACUUAUCUGGUUGAAAUUGUCUUGAUAUUGUAAGGAGAAAUUCUGUGUUGGUCACUCAAAGGAGUUAAAGGGUUAAGAGCCAAUGAGAACUCAAAGGAAGAACAAACAAACUGCCUAAAGUGCUGGAAAAAAAUGAGUAACUAUGAGUUGAUUGGUUUUAGUUUUGCAUCUGAUUGGUUGAGAGGAUGGCGUGAGUUUUCUGGACCAAUGAGAAUGAAGUAGAACAAAAACAAAGGAAUCAUGGAUUACUCUUGACACUCCAUUGAAAAUUUCUCUAUCAAGAUAACACAUUUUAGUUUCCUAUUUCCACAAUCUAAUUGUUACAAAACAUAUUGAUGUUGUAUUUCCUAUGCAAGUUGAGUUUUUUUUGUUUUUGUUUUCUCUUUUUCUCUCCUCAUUUUUGGGUCAACUAUUAUAUGAUUAUAUUGUGGCAUUUUCAUUAGUUAGGUAAAGCAUCAGUGCUUGAAAUUUCCCAGGAAUAAGAACUUUCCAUCAUGAAUCCAAUGGAAAUUAAGUGUGCAGAUGUUUGCUGUUUAUAGUAAACAUAAUAGUUGGGCUUCUUCUUAAAUGGAAACCCUACAAAUGGUAUUGGAAUUUCCAUGCAUCCUCGUUACUGUUGUUUUUUUUUCUUUGUUCUUUUGGUUUCAAUCAAACUACAGUAAUAGUAAAGCUUUGCAAGUGAUAAGUAUUAAGGCAUGGCACUACAUAAAUUAAGUUUGAAACCAGUUUUUGUUGUGUUUAUGUAAGCAAUGAAAAUUUACAAAGUUUAUUUCACUGCUGAAUACAACUUCUAAAGCCAGGGAUUGGAAAGGGGUAUCUACUCUUGUGUGGUGAGACAUAGCAUUUUUUUUUUUUUUUUAUAUUGCUCACCUGAAACUUUUAUCUCAACUGUUUCAAUUAAACAAUCUCAGUACGUUUUACUUGACUUUGUUACAAGGUAGCAUCAGCCCUAAUAAAUAGUACUUUGCAAAAGCAUGGACAUGCUGAGAACUGUUUAAGAAGAAAAAUAGGAUUUUAUUGGGGAAAGCUCCUGUUGAGAAUUUAACUGCUGGAAGUAUUAUGAUUAGAGCAAUUUUUGGUUGAGCAUCAAAAGUAAUCAAGGAUUUAAGAUUGCUCCAGAUUUUCUGGUUUGCUUCCUUAUUUUGAAUUUUCAUCAGCCACUUCUAGAAUUUUCCUUUCUCUCCAUCGGCAAUUAAUUUGAUUAUGGUUUCACAACAAUCCAUUGAAAUAUGCUCUAAUCUAACACACUUGGGCCAGUUCUUACUGCUCAGGAUCAGUUUCUUACCAGACUUGGCAACCGUUCGUUUCUGUUAGUAAAUGAUAAUAUCAAGUCCAUUUAAUAAAACAGUACACUUAAGUAAUUUUGUAUCUUUAAAUAAAAGUUUUCAAUUCCUGUAAAUGUUAAGCCAUACUUGUUCAAUACAAUUUGCAUUCUCAUAACUUGUAUCCAUGGUAUUAAGUAUCAUAUUUGGGGUCGAGAUCUCUCAACCAGCCAUAAUUAUAAUCUGUUAAUUCAUAAGAGUGACUGGCAUCUAGUUUCUCCUCACAAUAACAUUGUUGAAUUGGAUGUCUGGGUUAGAAGAAUUAAGGAAAUGAUCACCAUUUGAAGAAACUCUUGAUUGUUAAACAAAUACUUAUAGUCAGUCUCUUAGAGGAUGUAUAGAGAACAGUAUGGAGAAUAUUAAUACUGAUGUAAGGGUUUAGGAGGUUAAAAGUGAGGUGCAAGUGAAAAACUUGGUCAGGACAUUUAACGAGAUGACAAAGGUG